AUGAAGUUUGCAAAGUACUUGGCAGAAAACAGCGUACCGGAGUGGAGAUCACGGUAUGUCAAUUAUCGGCAACUCAAGAAAAGUAUCAAGAAAGUUGUUGCAGCGCGGGAUAAAGCGAAGCGUGCGAAAGAUUCUUCGGCGCAAAGCUCACAGGAGGAGAGUCUACAAUCGUUGGAAGGUUCCACUGAGUCACUUGUCGUCCAGCGUGACGGGUCCCGGUUGCACUCGCGAGCCACUACAAAUGAAUCCCAUCAGCCAAAGGACGAUGAAAAUCUUGUCUUGAUGUUGGAAGAAGCCCAGCUGGCGCCAGAGGAGGUGCGCUUCUUCCAACAGCUAGAUAGGGAGUUGCGAAAGGCAGACGCCUUUUUUCUUGGAAAGGAACAGGAUGCAUCUCGGAGGCUGGAGGAUCUUCGUCGCCAAUGCAUCAUUAUGGAACAACGGCAAACUAGAACGGACAGGCGACACUCGGAUACUGAGAAUGAUAGCGGAAGCGAUUCGCCUCAAGAAGGACCGGCCCCAAGAAGUGUGCAACAUGAUGAGAUUAUCGCGGAUGCGCCAGCCGCUGUCGAGGCCGAGAAUUUUACACCGGUUGUGAAAAACCCCAGGAGCCGCCUACAAAAGGCAUUCCUUGAGUAUUACAGACUUUUGGAGCUGUUGAAAAACUUUAGAAUCAUAAACCAAACCUCUCUCACAAAGAUUCUCAAGAAGAACGAAAAAGCUAUCAAUUGGGAGAUUACUGGGGUCGGCAGCGAGAUAUACUUAUCCCGAGCCAAGAGUCUCCACCUCUUUACGUCAAAUAAGGUGGAAGAUCUGAUUGCCGAAACGGAAGCUUUGUACACGGAGGUGUUUGCAGAAGGAGAUCGGCACUCGGCAAUGAGAAAACUUCGGAUUCCGGAUCUCAAAGCGCAGUCGCAAGGGUUUACUUCGUGGCGUACAGGGCUCUUUGUUGGCUUGGCCAUUCCAGCGAUCGCGCUGACUCUGCGGAAGACCUUCACAGGCGGAAUUCCAGAUGAGAACGUUGCACUGAUUCUGCUCAUUUAUGGCGGUUUCAGUAUACCCAUUUUCUUCCUUUUCUACUAUUCAAUGCUACUCGUAAUCUGGGCGAGAUAUCAUGUAAACUGGGUCCUCGUAUUCGAGCUCGAUCCUAGAGAUUAUUUACCUCCCGAGGGCUUUUCGGAGGUGGCAUCUAUAUUGCUCUUCCUCUUUGCAUACAACAUGUACUUUGCCAUGGACGACAAUAUCUUCCCCUUCAUUCCCCUCAAUUGGUAUCCAGUGAUGCUCCUUCUCCUUAUAAUCGUGAUCCUGAUAAACCCCUUCAAUUUCUUUCACCGAUCGUCGCGGAAAUGGUUCAUACGAACCUUGGGUAGAAUAACCUUUUCGGGCCUGUUUGAAGUUCAAUUUCGAGACUUCUUUAUCACAGAUCUCCUCAGUUCCAUGACGUACAUGUUCGUAUCGAUGCAAAUUCUAGUGUGCACCACUUUCCACCAAUUUGACAGAUUAGCUGAUCACUGCGAGUUCUCCCAUUCCUGGGUUGUGCCAUUUAUUACCGCUAUCCCGGCGACAUGGCGGCUUCUCCAGUGUCUUCGUCGUUAUUACGACAACCGUCUUGUACACCCGCACUUGACGAAUGCGGUCAAGUACUGUCUGUCUCUAUCGGUUGUUUUCAUUUCCGCUGCAGCUCGUAUCAACGGGAGCACUGUAGCUCGCGUCUUUUGGAUAUUGUCUGCCAUUUUUGCAUCAAUGUAUGCAUAUGCUUGGGAUGUGCUAUACGACUGGGGUCUUCUCCAGAAGAACAAGUAUCACAAAUACCUGCGAAAAGUGAUUGUGUAUCCGCCAUGGCUCUACAUGACAUCCAUCGGGGUCAACUUCCUUUUGAGACUGUCGUGGGUUUUCCUCCUGUCACCCAACAACUGGGGGGUGUUCAACGAUGCUCGGAUAUUGAUUUACGUGCAAGCGCUUUUGGAACUCUUUAGACGCUUUAUGUGGAGUAUCAUUCGGAUGGAGAACGAGCAUACAAACAACAUUGGCAAGUUUAGAGCAGUCACUGAGGUCCCGCUACCCUUCCGUGUCAAAAUUAUUCCUCACACGGAGGAAAUGGCUCUUGAGAAGCGAAGACGAAAGGUCACAAAAGAUGAUGAUGAAUCUGCAGAAGACAAGAAAAACUAA